AUGCCGAUGUCUUCGUUCUAUAGGAGGAGGGAGGCGCGCCUCAACCCCAAUGGCUGCCCGGCGGUAGGCACCUUCUUCGCUCCCCAUCAGUUCACGGACUACGCUGCCGCUCAGCAACUCUACAAGGAAGGCCACGAGAUGGCAGCACGCGGCAUCAGCGAGAAUACCGGCUCCGAAUACUGGAAAGACGGCAGUGUCGAGGACUGGACCCUCGGCAUGGCUGACCAGCCAGCCAUGUUCUCUCUAUACUCAUCCAUCCCAGAGAUAAAUGGAAUGAGAGGUCCCUUCACCCAGAUGGGUGGUGACAAUCAGAUGGACAUGGUGUACGAUGCCGGAUUUAGAUACGACGCCACGUGGUCUACGUCUCAGAACGAUCCGCCGAUCUUCCCGUUCACACUGGACAUGAAGCAAUCGAUCGAUUGCAACAUUCCUCCGUGCCCCGUCAAAACUCACCCCGGCAUCUGGGAAUUGCCGAUGGUGAACUGGAUCGAUACCAACGAUACCCUGUGUAACAACGUCGACGCCUGCUACUACCCUGAGACGAAGGAGGAAGCGCUCAGCCUGCUGCGCAACAACUUUGCUCGUCACUACAACUCCAACAAGGCUCCCAUGCAGAUCAACCUUCGUCCAGGAUUCUUCUACAAGGCCGGAUACGUGCUGGAAGCCGUACAGGAAUUCCUCGACGAACUUGGAGCGAUGAGCGACGUCUAUCUUGUCACCAUGUCCGAUAUUGUCGACUGGAUGGAGAACCCGACAACGACGGUUGGCGCCUUCGACCUGUUCACGUGCGACUACGACGACCGCGCUGAGCUGUGCGACGACAUCAACCUAUGCUACUACGCCAACAUCACGUACCUGCCAAACUCCGACGAGCAUCCCGGCGAUCGGCUGCUGCACACGUGCGCCGACUGUCCCGAGGCCUACCCGUGGAGCGAGAACCCCGUCGGUCUGGCGGCCCUCUCCGAAGCCGACGCAAUUCGCUUCGGCAAGGAACUGCCGGGCGGCCGCCCUGACGCACUCACGCCGACCGUUACUGACGCCACGACGGAGGCCACGACGGAAACGGGCACGCCUGCGCUAACUGAGGUCACGGGAGUCACAACGGAGGCUCCAGGAACAACUGAGGCCGCAGGAACAACUGAGGCUGCAGGAACAACUGAGACUGCAGGAACAACUGAAACUGCAGGAACAACGGAGGCAGUAGUAACAACUGAGGGCACAGGAACAACUGAGGCUGCAGGAACAACGGAGGCUGCAGGAACAACUGAAACUGCAGGAACAACGGAGGCAGUAGUAACAACUGAGGGCACAGGAACAACUGAUGACUGCAGUAACAACUGA